GCCGGCGCAGCCCCGUGCGGCUCGGCGCUCGGCUCCCUCCCGCUCCCGCUCCCGCACUCGCUCGCCAUGGUGGAAGCCUUCGUGGGCACCUGGAAGCUGGUGGAUUCGGCCAAUUUCGAUGAAUAUAUGAAGGCGCUGGGCGUGGGCUUCGCCACGAGGCAGGUGGCGGGCCUCACCAAACCCACCACCAUCAUCGAGGUGGCCGGCGACAAGAUCACCGUGAAGACCCAGAGCACCUUCAAGAACUCGGAGAUCAGCUUCAAGCUGGACGAGGAGUUUGAUGAGACCACUGCUGACGACAGGCAUGUCAAGUCUGUGGUCAAGCUGGAAGGAGGCAAACUCGUCCACGUGCAGAAGUGGGAAGGAAAGGAGACGUCGCUAGUGCGGGAGCUGAGAGACGGGAAGUUAAUUCUGACCCUCACCCUGGGCAGCGUGGUCUCCACCCGGACCUACGAGAGGGCGGCGUAGGGGCCGGCACCAGCUCCCUGCCCGCCAGCCGGUGCCGAACUCACCACCGAGUUGCCUCUGGCCUCCCCUCGGCUGCGGUUCGUCUGCGACCCGCGUUGACGUCGGAGCCCUCCGAACCCGCUGCGGAGCCGUCUGCCGCCCUGAUCCCCGUUGUCUCGUGGGGGGGCGGUUGGGGGUUUGGGCUGUUACUUUGUGUUUUUAUUUUUUUCCUCCUUUUUUUUUAAAAAAAUAACAGAAGAUCCCGUAUGGGAAAAUAAUAAACCCAACGUUGUUACA